AUGGAUGUUCCCGAUGUACAAGUCCUGAAGAAGGGAGAGGUUAACCUCGGAACCUCGAUCAUGGCUGUCCAAUUCGAGGGAGGUGUGGUCAUUGGGGCAGAUAGUCGUACUACGAUGGGGUCAUACAUUGCAAAUCGAGUAACGGACAAACUUACGCAUGUACAUGAUCGUAUUUACUGCUGCCGAUCUGGCUCUGCUGCAGAUACGCAAGCGGUAGCAGAUAUUGUACACUACUACCUUCAGAUGUAUGAACAGCAGUACAAUGAGCGUCCUACGGUACAUGCGGCCGCAACCCUGUUCCAGAAGCUAUGCUACGAGAACAAAGACAACCUGUCUGCUGGUAUUAUCGUAGCUGGAUGGGACAAGGAUGUUGGCCCCAGCGUAUACAAUAUCCCGUUAGGAGGUGGAUUAUUCCGCCAACCAUGGGCGAUCGGUGGCUCCGGUUCCACAUAUGUCUACGGGUACUGCGAUGCAACAUACAAGGAUGGCUGGGGACGAGAUGAAACCGUCAAUUUUGUUAAAAACACUCUCGCACUCGCCAUGUCUCGUGAUGGGUCAUCCGGAGGUACCAUUCGCAUGUGUGUUAUCACCAAAGAUGGGGUCGAGAGACACUUUAUUCCCGGAAACGAACUUCCUCGCUUCUGGGAAGGCAAAGAGGUCUUGGGCAGUGAUUCCACAUUUGCUUCAGCCCCAACCCAGCCCCUGUCAGCAUGA